CCAUUUUCUACAGAAAAUAAUUUUCAUGUUUGCGUCUUUCACACGAACCUCGUGCCUUCAUUCCUUAUUUUCCGUGAUGAUAUCAUGACUCGGUAGCCCUACAGCUUUGGUUUUAGAGAGAUGGAGCCGUCGAGUUACAGAGCGGGGGAGAAGGCUAUCCAGUCUCCCAGCUGCAUGCUCUCUAAUAACCAAAGCCUCGGAGAAGAGAGGAGAGGGAGAGGGAGGGGGACUCAAUAGGGAGGCAAUGAAACGGACUCAUCCGCGUAACUAGACAUUACCAGUUCAGUUCAGUGUUCAGAGCAUGCGAGAGCGUAGCUAGACCAACCGCAUUCAGUUAUAACUACAAAGGAAUAGAGAGGGAGAAAAUUGAAGUGUUCCAGCCUAGGGAGGCGGCGAGGAAAGGAGCAAGACAUAGGCUACUGGCGGCUUUCGAGCUUCACGGGCAUAUACACCCCGUGUCCACAAUUUACGGCGAUUCUUGGCAUCAGCCUAUUGUACAAAAUUGCGGAUUUAUAACUGAGUGAAGUCGGGGAUAGUCAUCGACAGUCUUAUCCUUCACAAUGAAGAAAAACAAUUCAGCUAAACGGGGCCCGCAGGACACAAACCAGCACAACACGCAGCCAGACAAAAUCGGUUGGAUUCGCAAGUUCUGUGGCAAAGGGAUAUUUAGGGAGAUCUGGAAAAAUCGUUUUGUAAUACUCAAAGGGGACCAACUUUACAUCUCAGAGAAAGAGGUGAAGGAUGAGAAGAAGAUCCAGGAGGUGGUUGACCUGACGGAUUACGAGCGUUCUGAGGAGCUCCGCAAGGCCAAGAGCCGCAGCAAGAAGAACCACAGCAAGUUCACCCUGCUGCGCUCCAGAACCCCAGGCAACACGGUCCCUAACCUGGUGUUCCUGGCUGUUAGUCCAGAGGAGAAGGAGUCCUGGAUAAACGCCUUAAAUGGAGCAAUCACCAGAUCCAAGAACAGCAUCCUGGAUGAGGUGAUGGUUGAGGAUGAAAACCUUCUGUCCCAUCUGACACGGGACAGGGCUAAGAUCCCUCACACACGGCGCCUGCCUACACGAGGACACAUCAUGGCUGUGGCCUCCACUUCUACCUCUGACUGCAUGUUGACCCUUGACCUGAUCCAGGAGGAGGACAGCCCCAGCACAGACGGCCAGGACACCUGUGACAAGAGCUUCCGGGCCAACCUGGACAAAUCCACUCAGCUCGACUGCCUCAGGUCCAAAACAGAGGGUGCCAUCAGUAGCAUCUGUCUAGCGACUCCCGCAGAGGUCACUGGGAAGUCCCAGAGCCUGCCGCGCGAAACCGGGGUCACCUGGGACGACAAACAGCAACUUCAGAGCCCGAUGGGGAAGUCCUGCACUCCUCAGCCGGGCAAGAGGCUCACAACGGCCGAGAAAAGCCGCUGCGCCUCCAUGGACGAGAUCCUCUCACACUCCGGGACGCAGGCCACCAAACCCAGGACAUCCAUCCCCCGCUCUGCCACCUCCGCCCCCCCGGGCAACCUGCCGCCCAUCAGCCAGCUGCAGGACCUAAUCGCUCAGAAGCUGGAGAGAACUCAGGAGCUGCUGAUGCAGGUGCAGGGGACGAAGGGGGAGGAGGUGGAGCGGGGGAAGGGGAAAGGGAAGGACUCGCCAGGUUCCAAGGGCUCCAGGGGUUCCUCGGACGGGGCCCGGGCAGAGGCAGAGAGGCUGCUGAAGGAGGCAGCGUCCACAUGGGGUCAGGCCAAGGAUGUUCUAGAGGAGGUGAAGGAGCUGAGGGCUCUCUACCGUCAUCUGGACUCCUCGCCCAUCACCCCUGCCUCCCUCUCACCCCUCACACCCUCCAACAGCGGCAAGCAGACUGACUACAGGAAGAGCAUGAUGUGACCGUCAGAGAACUCAACACAGACUGGACUAUGAAUCCCUAAGCAAAAAACCAUCUCAACAUGCAAAGCCACAAUAUUGUUAAAUAUGUCUGUUUCUCUCCUUCUGUGUCCUUUCACUUUAUUGAUGCUGUGACAAAGUGAGGACAUUCAGUUGCCCAACGACGUCCCCUGUGCUUGACCACUGUGCCCUUACAUGUCUGCUUGAUGAAGGGUGUGGGGGGCAAAGGGAAGGGGCCAAUCUAGGGUCUGAGGUACAUGUUGGCCAGGGAGUCCAGUAGAGAUCCUGUCUCUCUGUACUGACCGGCUGCUGAAAGACCUUGUGAUACUGCAGUGUCGGGUUUUACUCACAAUCUCAAUGUUUUCCUCUGCGUUGGUUGUCAAACAGGGGAUGUUGCAAGGUUUGGGCGGGGAAUCAGAAGGGCUCUGCUCUCCAGGGAUAGACACACAGUGGUUGAGGAUAACUCAGAUUACAGGAAGGGAAACAUGGCGUCCAGACCAGCCCGCAUGUUGGGAAUGGGAAUGUUUUCCUUUUUCUGUUAGGUUGGUCUGAGCCAGAUUCCCAACGACCACCACUCUAAAAGCAACAGCAGCCCACCCACCGUACACCGUACAGUACAGCAUUCUCCCUCCCUCCCUCCCUCCCUCCCUCCCUCCCUCCCUCCCUCCCUCCCUCCCUCCCUCCCUCCCGCUGCUGCUCUGGGAAUGGAGCUCGGUGGACUCCUCAUCUCUGCUGGUCCAUUAUGAUUCACAGGGGCAAGGGGAACCAGUUCACAUAGUCAGAACGCACUGGCGUUCCAUAGGGUGUUUCUGUCUGUUCCAUGAGCCAUAUGAUACAGUCAAAAUGGAGGACGUCUGUCUGGGUUGUGUUGUUACUAGAUGGUACAUACUAGGACAGGGCGUUCCUUUCCUGUAGGCCUACAGCCAGUUGUCUUCAGCCAGUUGCCACUGCAGCCAUUGAUUCUCAUGCUACUGUAGAGCCAUGGAGCCGGGAUGGCGACUGUGUGUGUCUGGUGUGAGUGGUGAUUCUCAUGCUACUGUAGAGCCAUGGAGCCGGGAUGGCGUCUGUGUGUGUCUGGUGUGAGUGGUGAUUCUCAAGCUACUGUAGAGCCAUGGAGCCGGGAUGGCGUCUGUGUGUCUAGUAUGAGUGGUGAUUCUCAUGCUACUGUAGAGCCAUGGAGCCGGGAUGGCGUCUGUGUGUGUCUGGUGUGAGUAGUGAAUAUCAUGCUACUGUAGAGCCAUGGAGCCGGGAUGGCGUCUGUGUGUCUAGUAUGAGUGGUGAUUCUCAUGCUACUGUAGAGCCAUGGAGCCGGGAUGGCGUCUGUGUGUGUUUGGUGUGAGUGGUGAAUAUCAUGCUACUGUAGAGCCAUGGAGCCGGGAUGGCGUCUGUGUGUGUCUGGUGUGAGUGGUGAAUAUCAUGCUACUGUAGAGCCAUGGAGCCGGGAUGGCGUCUGUGUGUGUCUGGUGUGAGUGGUGAAUAUCAUGCUACUGUAGAGCCAUGGAGCCGGGAUGGCGUCUGUGUGUGUCUGGUGUGAGUGGUGAAUAUCAUGCUACUGUAGAGCCAUGGAGCCGGGAUGGCGUCUGUGUGUGUCUGGUGUGAGUGGUGAAUAUCAUGCUACUGUAGAGCCAUGGAGCCGGGAUGGCGUCUGUGUGUGUCUGGUGUGAGUGGGAGGCAUGACAUAGAGGUCAGAUGCAGUACUGAGGAGAGGAACCACUUGUAAGUGAUUUGCUAAAAUAGUAAUAAUAACAGAAUUGCACUAUGAAGGAAGGCUGUAAAACAAGAGGAUGAAACUGGUGGUUGGAAACUGGAGAGAACAGAUGUGUCUAAUAUGGCUUUUCAUUCUGUUCUACAUAUUUGUUACGACAAUCUAGUGUUUCUAGAAACAUACAGGCUGCAUAGUUCCAACGCCUUGAUACCUAAGACAGUCGCUCGGCUCGCUACUGUUUGAAAAUCUGAGCUUCUCAAAGGUACAAUGUGUGUAAACAAUGCUGUUGAUGAACGCAUCCCUCCGGCUAGCUAACAGUGAUGCUAAUGCUUGACCUCUGACCUCCCUGUCCUACUUAACGUCUUAUUGGGUUUAUGGCAGAGAAGAGAGCUAUGCAACAUAGCACGAACACACACAACCACAACGAGAGAGAGAGAGAGAGAGAGAGAGAGCGAGCAGCGGCCAAUGGACUGCGUCGCCUGAUCAAAACAUCCAGUGCGCCUCUCCAGAGCACCCCGCCUUGUUUUAUAGUCAGUAGCUACGUAUGUUAUGUGUUUGCACAGUGCUGUGGAAAUGGUUCACUCUGGACUGUCAGACAGACAAAAAAAAAACAGUGUUAUGAUUAUGUUGUUAUCAUUGUUUGUAUUUUUUAUUUGUUUAAAAUGCUUUUGUAGGAUGAUUUAAGGCACUCUUUAGAGAAGAAAAUGGCCGGGGCAUUCUAGAACGUUCACGCUCUUAAAAUGCUCAACUGGAAACUCAGCAUAUUGUAGUGUUACUCUGUUUGUUCAACCACAACCACAACCCAAUAACAGAAGUCAGAAAUCAUUGACGUUGAAGUUGGAUAUGGACAUGAAAGAGGAUGAAGUGAGAAAGGUAUGUUAGAAAGACGACAACAGGAAACAUUUAACGGAGUAGGCCAUAAACAAUAUUUUUACUAGUAUGUCUAUUAUUGUUGUUGUUAUUUAGUUUUAUCUGGGAGGAAGUACUAUCUUGUGUGAGGCUGAACACAAAACCUAACGUUUGUGCAAUCCUGAAAAGAUUGAUAUGACCGCCGAUGCACUGUACAUACUCAGAGCAGUUUGAAUCAUCUCAAAGGAUGUUGCUGUAUUUUCUUAUUGUGUUGCGUUAUGAUGGAGACGGAAGUGGCUUUGCUUUGCACUGAAGUUCCUCACUUCUGGACUGUCAAAGUACUUGAGACAUAACCACUUGUGCAAUUAUAACAAUCAGCCUAAUUCAGACAACCAGUGUUCUACAUUGAAUGUUUGCUUUUUUAAGUCAAAACCUAGCCGAGAAUUGUAAUAAAAUGAUUUUUGUAUGUCCAUUCAGAAGAAUACCCUACUGGAAUACAGGGCUGGUUUUCAUAGGAAAUGCUGAGGUAGGAAGUGAUUGAUCCAAGCAUUGUUUUUAUGGCAGCAAUAAUACCAUCUUCAAGCUAUGCCAAAGAUAAUAUGGCUGUACAAGGAAAUAAAACUAUUCCCAUUGAAAUACUUUGAUAAUGUAAAUAAGGAUGUUUCAUACUUUCUAGUUGACAAUGUAAACGUCAGCCUACUUGCUCUGACAACCAUACCACAUGUUGUGUCACACCAACUCCAACCUUAAUAAUCCAUCAAACACCAAGUCAACUUAACCUCUUCUACAGCUGGCAAUGCAUUCUGGGAUAUAAUAAUAAUAUAAUAUAUGCCAUUUGGCAGACACUUUUAUCGAAAGCGAUUUACAGUCAUGCAUGCAUCCAUUUUAGGUAUAGUGGCCCCUGGAAUCAAACCCUCAGGUAUGGCAGUACAAGCGCCAUGCUCUACCACCUGAGCCAUACAGGACCAGGAUACAGGAUCUGUGGCCACAAGCUGUGAAAUCCAGCCAAUAUUGGCCACACAUGGUCACACACAAACGCAUAACAUUCAAUCAUGACUGUUUUCUUAUUUCUGUAAGGUGAAAUGUCUUCCUUCUUUUUAUGUAUGACAUGUUGUCAUAUUUUCAGUUUCCUUUCCAAUUUUGUUCACCAAAUGUGGGUCCGGCACCAAAACAGUAGCUACCGCAGCCUUAAAUACCAAGAGGAAUAUAGGAAAGUUACUCAGCAACUACAAUGAUUGUCCCCCAGCUAUUUACAAAAUCCUAAUUCUUGUGCAUUAUGGGUGAGAUGAAGAUUGUAGCAUAGGAAUACAAUAGCAGAGUACGAGCUAGGUGGAUUACUAGAUGGGGAUGGAGAAGGUAUUGUUCAGACUCAGAGGUUUAAAUCCUGCUCCCUCAGGGUUCCAUUUUAAUAAAUUGUGCUAAACAAAAGAAA